GUACCGUGAACGCCGCCCACUGUGAAGGCAGCGUUGAACGCACAAGGAUGUGCUAAGUUAACGCUAGCUAAAACUCUAUAGGACUAGUUUAGUUGUUUCCUCAAUGUUAAGUUAACGAGUAGCCUGCCGAGUAACUAGCUAGCGACCUGGUAUAUAAUACCAAGAAGGUAACGUAUGCUCAUAAAACAGGUCAAUUUCAGUUAUUGUUUUGUUCGCGGCGGAUGUAAAUAGAGUAACGUUAACGGAUGUUGUUGCUGUUCUGGCCUGCGACACGAUAGCCUAGCUAAAUUAGCAGUAGCCCCAACUGGUUCCUGGAGCUCUGACUUACUCGCAUCUCAAGAGACUACAGGAAAAGGGAAAUGGCACACCUUCUCAGUUAACUGUGAAGGCCGAGUAGCCAUUGCUAGAAAGGCAAUUUGUGGUUUUGGCUAGGGAUCAUCAGCAAGUUGUUCCCCAGCUAUGAGAGCCUGUACUCAGUGACUGACAUCUCACAAAAAAUGGAACUGUACUGGUACAUAGUUGUUAUUAUAUUCAUCAUCAUCAAGAUAUUCUUCUAUGUUUGCUGGUACCGAUCAAGACAGAGGCAGCUGGCAGCAUACCUGAGCAAUCCACGCAAUGCUCAGAUAGUCAUUGUUGGAGGAAGGGCCUACCUUCAUCAGAUGUGCGAGAGACAGAGUCAAACGUCUGUCUGGCCUAGUCUGUACGGCGUUCAGGAUGACCUGUCAAUAGAGGAGCCCUCCACAGCCCUGCCACCAGCUGCUUCCUACUCCCACUUGGACAUGCCACCACCAUAUGAGACCGUCUCCGGAGAGGAUGACCUGAAGCCCCCUCCCUACAGCCAGUACGCUCAUGCCGCGGAGGCCGACGCUCUUCGUCCCUUCCAUCAGACUCCUCUCAUUUCUGAGGGAGGAGACACCAUCAGCAUAAAUGAAGCCCCACCCCCCUACACACCGUGUGCAACUCCACAAGUCAGUCAGCAAGACGGCCCUGUAAGCCACAUUGAGUCCGAGUCGAGAGCAGGUCCACCUAAUCGAUCCCUGAUGCCAGUUUGCCUUUUCCAUGCACUGCCUUCCUACAUUCAACCUCAGCGAUCGUUGCCAGCCUAACUCUCAGCACAUGAGAGCAGAUGUUUAUUUGAAUGCGACUGUGUGUGUGUGUGUGUGUGUGUGUGUGUGUGUUUGGGGGUUUUUAGAACUAAGUUGUUUUUCUACUUUGUAUUGUUUUAAAAAAAAAAGUGAUCAUCUGAUGAGUUGGGCAAUAACAAAUGACAUCAGCAAGCCUGUGUGCCUCGGUCAGGACUGCAGAACCUGCCUCCCAGCUAGGAUGAGGAUAAACCAGAGAUGCAGAUAAUCAGAGAGACACAUAACUUUCAAGUGUGUUUUUAUGAAAACGUCUCCCGCCGUAUGUCCGCGGCCACUUCCUUUCACAGAUCUCAAACAAUUGACUCAUUCCAAAAAGUACGAUUGGGGAAACGAGUAGAUGUUCUGAACACAGUAGCUCAAGAACAUUGUGUGACAGAAAAUACUUACUGAAAUACUGAAAUAAUUGUGUUUUAUAUUACUCUUAAUGCUUCAUUAAUACUGCAUGUGUUGUUGACUGAGAACUACUUCAUGAAUGCACUAAUUGUUUCGAGUGUUUAGCGUAACUGGUUCUGUGUAGUAUAUCAUGGGGAUUAUACUGGCACAUUAGGUAGUUCAAGUGCCUAUUAGAUCUGUGAAUGGAAGUGAGCAAGGACAAGCUGAUGACUCCUGGCAGUAGACAAGUGGUUGUCCACCGAUGAUAGUCAGCUCUACUCCUGGGUUCUGUCUGUCGCUGCUUUCAUAUUACAGAAAGUGAGGUUCUGUGCAAACGGUAUGAACAUGAAUUUAAUUAUUUCUGUGAGAACUGUGGAAUCAGAUAAAAGGUCUUCAGAAGUGUGGAAAUGUGUAGUUCAGUCCCUUACCACAUGUAAAAAGGAAAAAAAAACACUGUAGUUUUAGAUCCAGCUGUGAAAUAAUCGGAUGUGAUGUUAUGAAUAUAAUGAGAAAAAGAUCAUCAAAUGGAAAAAAAAUGUGCAACAAUCCUGAAAAAAAUCCAUACAAGGCUGUGAGCUAAGGCUCAAAACAUUUUUGGAUCUGAAGGCUGCAUUUAAUGCAGUUGCUGAAAAAGAGAGAAGCUGUUUUCAUUAGAAUCGUUGCAAAUUGAAGAGUAAUGCAAAAUUUUUCAAUAGCAGCUUUCGUUCCUUUUAAUCUUCAUGUUAAUCUACCACAGGCUGGUAGAAGUCAGCAACGUUUGUGUAUUUCUUCUGUUUGUGUUUUCUGGUGUGUUGUAGUAUUGUUUUGGGAAAGGUCAUUACUGUGCUUUUAUUUUAUUUUUUUCUUGCUUCUUUUGUAUCACUGCGUUUCAGAUCAUCUCGAAAUAACACUGUUAAAAGAUGCUCCCGAAUAAUCCACCUGCUGUGUUUUGCUUCAGCAACAAUAUAAUCUGUAUACAGUUUCUGAACAUUGCAGAAAAUGAGACGAAAGUAAAACAAAAUGAUCGCUGUAUGAAUCUAUUUGGGGCUUUUGUGGAAAGUAUAUAACAGGGGAUCUUAUGAUGUCAAUUGACUACCUUAACCAUAGUUACAGGCCUCCACUGUAAAAUACAUCAUGUUUGUUAACUUCAUGUUUAUUCCCAUGGUGGUUGACCUAUCGGAUCUCUCCAGUUGUAAGUUGUGGGGAAUUUGCUACUUUUUUUUUUUCUGUUUCGGGAGAAAUACGUCUUCUGUAUUAAACUGUUGUUUAUAAUCUU